UUUGUCCAGCCACUAUUGUUAAAAUGAAAUGCUUUGCAUCUGUGAAUAUUUGAGCAAACCCCUGUUGUUUUAUCCCCUUGUGGGCUUCUCACUGGCUUGGCGCGCGCUCUGCCUCAUUCAGCAGGUGCAGUUGCCUUCAUAUUUUUCCUGUGAUAAGCUAUUGGUUUUUUUUUAAUGUCGGAACAGAUUCACUCUUCACCUGGCAAACUACGAGCCAAAGGCACGGAUAUUUAAAUAUAUUUUUGCAUGUCUGGAACACUGCAUCACAGAGGAUCAGGUGACUUAAAUGAACACACAUACUAAAGUCGUGUUAGAAUGACUAUAAAAGGAAUUAUGAAAAUGAAUAAAUAGUAAAGUAUCUAGCUGGAAGUGUGUUUAUCAGAACUGUAACAUCUUUGCUUUGGAGUAAAAUAUGCACUGAAUGGCAAUUGGUUGUUGUAUCACACUGAGCACCUGUGAAGGGAGGGUCACGAUGACAGAUGAUGUGGUCGGCUUUGAACCUCACCAUCGAGUAUUCGAGAAACGCCUUUCAGUCAGUCAGAGCUACGAUAUCUAAACAUAGACACAAUUCCAUCCAAACCCAAGAUCCACCACAUCACCCAAAAUGGAUAAGUUUCGUAUGAUGUUCCAGUUCCUCCAAUCCAACCAGGAAUCCUUUAUGAACGGGAUCUGGGGUAUCAUGGCACUCGCCAGUGCGCAGAUGUACUCCGCCUUUGAGUUCACCUGCCCUUGUAUGCCGGAAUACAACUACACCUAUGGGAUCGGACUGCUCAUCAUUCCGAGUGUAUGGUUCUUUCUCAUAGGUUUUGUACUGAACAAUAAAGUGUCAGUGCUCACAGAAGAAUGGAAAAGACCGACAGGGGAACGAAGCAAGGAUCCAACAAUCCUCCGCUACAUGUUUUGCUCAAUCACACAGAGAUCCUUAAUAGCACCCGCAGUGUGGGUGUCUGUCACUCUUAUGGAUGGGAAGAGCUUCCUCUGUGCUUUCAGCGUAAACUUGGAUAUCGAGAAGUUUGGGAAUUACAGUCUGCUGACGGGGAUGUCGGAGACAGAGAAACUCCGACUGCUGGCAAGGAUUCCAUGCAAAGACCUAUUUGAACACCAGGAAGUGAGAGUGGCAGCGUCAAGAUACAUCAAGUGUAUAUCACAGGCCUGUGGAUGGAUGUUUCUGCUCAUGAUGACCCUCACAGCCUUCCUGAUCCGAGCUAUCCGGCCGUGCUUCACUCAAGCUGCCUUCCUCAAGACCAAGUACUGGUCUCACUACAUUGACAUCGAGCGCAAGAUGUUUGAUGACACCUGUAAGGAGCACGCAAAGAGCUUUGCCAAGGUUUGCAUCCACCAGUACUUUGAGAACAUCAGUGGGGAGAUGCGUACCAUGCACAACCAUGGCUCCAGCAAGGAUGGCAGCGACGAUGAAGACGAGGAUAACAAGAGAAGUGACGAAGACAAGCUUCUGGGUAUCAGGGCCCAGGAUGAUAUGAAUAAGGUUUUGUGGAACUGGCACGCCUCUAAGCCAGCUCUGGCUCUGAGAAAAGAACAAAUGGACGGUGAAGACAAUGGCAAACGGAGCGGAGGGGACAACGGAGCAGCAAAUGGGUUUGCAAUGGGACGCACCCACGAAGUGGAGAGAAGGGAAUGGGCAGUGUACUACAGUAAGGUCUGACAAGUUCAAAAGCUGGCAUUUCAGACAAUCAGACAGAUGUGUUUUUCAGGAAUUGUUUUGUUAGCUAUCAGUAAUUUAUCAUAGCUAGUUAAAAAUAUAAUUGAAUAAUAUUUAUUACGUCAAAUAAAUAUAGUUUGACUGAUGGCGUGACACUUUGCCCCAACACAAUGAUCAACGUCGUUCUGGUUUACUUCAGUUAAAUAUAAAAUUGUUAUUGUGUAGACAAAGAAUUCUUUUGUUGAUUUUACAGUAGUCACAACUAUUUUAUUUACAUGUCCUGAACUACUGAAAAUAUUCUGCACAGCGCAUCACAUUAGAAAACAGAACAGUUUCAUGCACGUAAAGCCCCAGCGGCCUCCUGCUUUAAAGAGAGAUUAUGUAACUUUGAUAGAAGAAUAAAAUAAAUGUUUUGUCACAAAUGAAAAGUUGAAUUAAUAAAAAAUAGAACUCAAUCUUUUUCAAUUUAAUACACGGGAGGUUUUGCUGUUGCAGCCUGACUUGUUCAGCUAUGACCAGUAGCUUAUCGUAGCUAUUGCUGAACAACCAACAUCAUUGAGUCAGUGUCUGAUUCCCUGGAACUGCCACUCGUGACCACUGAGGCAAUUGUUUUUAUGCCAAAUUCAAACUGAACAGUGAUCGGAUUAAAACAAACACUUUAUUAAACACAAGUUUUAGUCGUAUAAAAAUUUGCCUUUUUAAAGAGACAUAUUUUCCAUUACAACACUGAUGAUUCUCAUUUAUUAUGUUUUAAAGCACUUUUCUCCUUAUACCUUUUUAUCUUACGGAAGUACGAGCAAACACUGUGAUUAAUGCAAAUACAAAAGGUUGGAUCUGGCAAAACAAUUUACAUGCCACUAAGAAAACAAGGCCGCCAUUUCAAUCGCGUUCCAGUAGAACCUGCCUAUCCGCCCCCCCCCCCCCUCCCCCCUCCUACACGUCAGCACAACAAUGCAGAUACAAAACACCGAUCUCAUUUGAUUCUGGAGCCUGUAAACAUCCAGCAGUGCAUGUGUGCCGUCAAGCCAGCUGUUCCUGUAUUCAGCAGUAAUGGCAUUACUGGAGCAGGAAGGGAGGAGGGGAGGGCGAAUGGCAUUAAAUCCGGUUGAGGCCUCUGUCUCCCACCCUCCCCCGGAGGACUGGUGAAGCUGCACUCCCCUUGACCGUCUCACAGCCUUCCCGGUGGCCCAGCAGCUGUUUCCCCCCCCUCCCACCCUCCCACCAGCGACCGGGCAGCUAAGGCUGCUGGUGUGGGGGUUGGAAAUGCAGGCAAAGUCUUUGUCCGGGGCUCUGACUUUUCUCUCUUGUGUUUCCCCGGUUUAUCCCCCUUUAACGUCUUUCUCCCUGCUUUGUUCCCUCAGUCGACAGAUGUCACUUCCCCUCUUCUGUUUCUGCCUUUCUCCUCCUUUUCCCCAACAGUGACAUGAUGUUCAAAGAUAGAUCAAAACAAAGCAAAGAGGAAUCUCUGUAUGUGUGAAGUGAGGGAAUGAUGAACGCGGCGGCAUCGUCUCUGCUUUUGCUGACCUCCACUUGACAAAGAAAUGGCCUUGUUUUGGUUGUCAGGACGUCAGCCAUGCGCAUGCUACUGGCGGGGGCCUCCCUCCGCUUUGCUGCAAACGUCUCUUUUCCCUCCCUCUCUCCCUCUCUCUUUCUCCCUCUCACAUAUAAAUGCACGGGGGCGUGCGCACACAGACAAACACACAUCAGCAUGCUUGCAGGCGCCCGAUUCGUCAAUGUCAGGCUCAUUCUGCCUUCCUUCUGCCUACAGAUUGGAGGACUGAGGUUGCGAGGGAGGGCCGAGGGGAAGGAGAGUUGCGAGGCAAAACGGCUGGUCACAUGAGCACAGAUCUGUUUACAAACCCAAGGCAGGAGCAGGGAGCAGGAGCAGGAGCGAGGGGUGGAAGUGGAAGGGAAAAGGCGAAUUGCAGGCCGUCGCUGAGCCACAUCUCGGAUGGGGAAGAGGGGACGAGGGGGAAGCCUGCCCUUGACAAAGCCAGCUGGAGGCGGGAGGGGGGGGGUCUGAAUGCGACGUGCCAGACACACUUCUGCACACACACCACCACCUUUGUCUGUGAUUUUCUUCUUUUUUUUUUUGUCCUCUCAAUUGAAGGAGCAGAUGGUUAGAGGGAGAGUAGGAUCCCCCCCCCACCCACGCCCACCUCACACACACACACACACACACACACACUGACUGACACACAAAACACACGCUCACCAGCCGAACACCAAUCCCAGCCAGAGGACUGUUGUUGACUGCAUGGAUCUGUCCUUCACUUUGUUUGGGCUUUGAGGGGAGCAGCACAUCUUUGCCUUCCGAGCAGAGGAGGAAUACCCGCUGCAAGAUCACAGGACUGGAGGAGGGAGACAACGGAAGAGUGGGGGUUGAAAUUCCUUCUGUUAAAAAAAAAAAAAAAAAAA